AUGCGUCAGGAACUAACAAUUUGUAGUUUUAGAUUUGUGGUGAAAAUCCGCAACAACUUCAACAGUUUGCACGUGGUCCCACUGGGUGUGAGAACAAGUGAUGUGGAGAGUUUCAUGGCACCGAAACCAAAUUACGGCGAUGUCGGGCGUCGGAUGAAGAUGACUCACAACACCUCCCGACGGGUCCCCCGCAGACCGACCCCUGCCAUCUUCCCACAGAACGACCCUGACCGUCAGCACAGUGACGGCACGUGUAUCCUGAGUCGACCGACCAGAGAAUGCUUGGCGCAGUGUACGCGGGACUUGUACAUCUCUCCCCGGACUUCCACAACCUUCCCGGACCACAACCAAACCAUCAGGCGGGCGGUCCGGAUGGACAGGAUAUCCAAACCAGGCAAACCAGAUUCAGCACCAGUCAGGGAACCCAUGAACGAAUACGAGAACUUCCGGUAUACGACUGUCUACCGGCAGUCUUACUCCAACACCAGUCUGGUCGAUGAUCAAGCAAAGGUCCUCCUUCCUCCCAUUCAGAGAAAGUUGUCAUAUGCCAACAGUCCAGGUGUCAAGGACGACGAUGGAGAUGGCGUUGAUGAAGAAGACGUCGUCUGUCAAAACCAGGAAGAGGACGCUCCACAACAGCAGAUGCCGGUAUCUGAUUCUUUGAUCAACAUCAGAGCAAGGUUGAGUCACGAAGGCUGGAACCUACCGAACGUGUACACCAAGACUCCUGUGUGUUCGGAAGAUUUCAAGAGUCACAUGGCUGAUGGCGAGCUGCUUCAACCAACUCGCGGGCCUCAGACCACACAACCCAAGGCGAAAGCAUCCUGCACACGUUCUUUGAGGAAAGUCAGAUUCGAUGAGAACCCACCAAAUGUAUACGAGAUCAGUGGAAACUCAGAAUACCUACCCUACUCGCUCUUGGUGAGGGAGUCCCAGAGACAUGAGGAUGAAGUGGAGGACCAGGAGAGGAAGGACCGAAACGCGCACUACCUGAUGCACAUGGAGGAUGUCCCUGAUCUCCGCGACAACAGGAUCUACUCCAAACGAGUGUCCUUCGAUGGAAUCAACUCCUCCGCCUUCAGGGGCUGA